AUGGAGUACAGAAGAGUGAAGGAUCAGGAGAGUUAUGACGCCAUAUCUCAGAAGGACAUAGAAAGCCCUGAUGGGAGGUCUCUUUCUAGCACUGCAGCAACUUCCCCCCUUGGCACCGCAGGAGGUUCGAAGGGCAAGAAUAGUUGGAAGCAAAAGUCUAUUGUAACAAUUGCGUUGACAUUACUAACAAGUUCCCAGGCAAUACUGAUUGUGUGGUCAAAAAGAGCUGGAAAGUAUGAAUAUAGUGUCACAACAGCAAACUUUUCGGUGGAAGCUUUAAAAUGUCUAUUAUCACUUCUAGCCCUGUACAGAACAUGGAACAGUCAAGGUGUUACAGAAGAUAAUAGGUUAAGUACAUCAUUUGACGAAGUUAGUGUUUAUCCUAUCCCUGCCGCACUUUACAUGGUAAAGAAUCUAUUGCAGUAUUACAUCUUCGCCUAUGUGGAUGCACCAGCUUACCAGAUCCUGAAGAACCUGAAUAUUAUCAGCACUGGUGUCUUAUACCGUAUCAUUUUAAAGAAAAAAUUAAGUGAAAUUCAGUGGGCUGCAUUUAUUCUCUUAUGUGCUGGCUGCACUACGGCUCAGCUAAACCCCUCAUCAGACCAUGUUCUUCAAACGCCAAUUCAAGGUUGGAUGAUGGCCAUUGUGAUGGCUCUUCUAAGUGGUUUUGCUGGGGUAUACACAGAAGCUAUAAUAAAAAAACGUCCUUCGAGAAACAUCAAUGUGCAGAAUUUCUGGCUGUACAUUUUUGGAAUGCUCUUCAACUUAGUUGCCAUUUGUGUUCAGGACUUUGAUGCUGUCAUGAACAAAGGCUUUUUUCAUGGCUACUCGUUUAUUACACUUCUGAUGAUUCUUAACCAUGCACUCAGUGGCAUUGCUGUAUCAAUGGUGAUGAAGUAUGCUGACAAUAUUGUCAAGGUGUAUUCAACUUCAGUCGCAAUGCUUCUGACAGCAAUCGUAUCUGUCUUCUUGUUCGGCUUCAAUCUGUCCCUUGCAUUCUUCCUUGGGUCUACGGUCGUUUCGAUAUCGGUGUAUCUGCAUUCUGUCGGGAAGCCACAGCAGCAGAAAUGA